AUGGACGCAAUAGGCUUCGGGGAGCAGGCAGGCUGGUUGUGGCGCGCGCUGGCGGCGCUGUGGGCGUGGCGCGUGCUGGCGGCGCUGGUGCUGGUGCUGGUGGCGGACCAGGCGGCGUACCGGCGCAACAAGGGACGGAUAGCGGGCCCUGCGUGGAAAAUGUGGCCGCUGAUUGGGCCGUUCCUGGAGUCGCUGGACCCGAAGUUCGAGGUGUACCAGGCGAAGUGGGCGUCGGGGCCGCUGUCGUGCGUGUCGAUCUUCCACAAGUUCGUGGUGAUAGCGUCGACCCGGGACCUGACGCGGAAGAUCCUGCAGUCGCCCAAGUACGUGAAGCCGUGCCUGGUGGACGUGGCGAAGAAGAUCCUGCGGCCGACGAACUGGGUGUUCCUGGACGGCCAGGCGCACCUGGACUACCGGCGCUCGCUGAACGGGCUGUUCACGCGGGACGCGCUGGCGCGGUACCUGCCGUCGCAGGAGGCGGUCAUCGACCGCUACAUGGCGAAGUUCGUGGCCUUCUCGCGCGAGACCGACUACGAGCACCGCGUGUUCUUCCACGAGAUGCGCGAGAUGCUGUGCGCGCUGUCGCUGAAGGCCUUCUGCGGCAGCUACAUCACCGACGACCAGGUGCGCAAGAUUGCCGACGACUACUACCUGGUGACCGCCGCGCUCGAGCUGGUCAACUUCCCGCUGAUCCUUCCCUUCACCAAGACCUGGUACGGUAAGCGCACCGCCGACAUGGCCAUGAAGAUCUUCGAGCGGUGCGCCCAGGAGGCCAAGCAGCACAUCGCGGCCGGCGGCGAGCCCACGUGCGUCGUGGACGCCUGGUGCAAGCUGAUGCUGGACGCGAAGGCCAAGGACGACGCUGACUCGCGUCUGUUACAUCGUAAGUUCACCAACCGCGAGAUGUCCGAGGCGCUCUUUACAUUCCUCUUUGCCUCUCAGGACGCCUCUUCCUCUCUUGCCUGCUGGCUUUUCCAGAUCGUUGCCGAUAGGCCCGAUGUGCUCGCGAAAAUUCGCGAAGAACAACUCGCAGUUCGCAGGAACGACCCUUCGGUGCCUUUAUCCCUGGAACUCAUUGACCAAAUGAAGUACACUCACAUGGCCGUCAAGGAAUGCCUGCGCUACAGGCCGCCCGUCCUCAUGGUCCCGUACCAAGUACAUGAGGCGUUUGCGGUGUCCGCGGACUAUACAGCGCCAAAGGGCUCAAUGCUGGUGGCGACUAUGUACCCGGCGCUGCACGACCCAGCGGUGUACGAGAACCCAGAUGACUACAUUCCCGAGCGCUGGGACGGAGAGCAGUCGCCCGCGAACCAGGCAAAGAAGAAUUGGCUGGUUUUCGGAUCCGGGCCCCAUGUAUGCCUGGGUCAGAAGUACGUUUUCAUGACCUUCACGGCCCUAAUCGGGAAAUUUGCCCUAUUCACGGAAUUCGACCACAAGGUCACGUCGCUCAGCGAGAAAAUCAAGGUUUUUGCGACCAUCUUCCCGCAGGACGACCUGCUGAUGAGCUUCAAAAAGAGGGACCCCCUCACAGGUCAGACGACUGAGUAG